GGGCGGGGCUUCACUGCCUUACAAAAUGGCGCGCCUGCCAUCCCUUCUGGUGCCAAAGGUCAGAGCGUGUGACCAGGAGCACGUGAUAGGAAGGAUGGCUGCUGUGUUGUGGCACUCCAGAGACAGAAAUUAUAAAGCAGAAUUAAAAUCAUGCUGCCUCGACGCUGUACCUCUCGAGUUUGGUGACUUCCACCCUCUGAAACUUAUUACGGUCACCGAGUCAAAAACUAAGAAAACAGUGCGGAAAGGAAGUACUUCUUCUACAUCAUCAUCUUCCUCAAGUUCAAUAAUGGACCCUCUAAGCAGCAUGCUGGAUGGGAGUGAUCCUCUGUCACAGUUUGUUGCAACAGCAGAUCCUCUGACAUCUGCUAUCAUGGGAGCAGGAAAAAGCAAUGCCAACAUGGAUCCUGGUAAGAAACAACGUGAAAAAGCAGAGGAUACAGCAGUCGGGAAUGAUUUUGAGCCAUGGUCUGGAAAACGCACCUAUAUACUUGCACGAUACACAACUACGGAAAAACUUUCCAUAAAUUUAUUUAUGGGAUCUGAGAAAGGUAAGGAAUAA